AUGUCUCCCGAGAUUAUCCAUUCCAAAACCUGCCCCGGCACCGAGGCUCCCAGUUGGGGUGCAGAAUGUGAAAAUGAAGGACUGAACCGCAGAAUCCUGCUGGUGGGCAAGACGGGGGUUGGGAAGAGUGCAACAGGGAACAUCAUCCUCGGAAAGGACACCUUUAAAUCUGGCUGUGCAGUGAGUGGGGUAACCGAAGAGUACAAGAUAGCCAGAAGCCUCAUCCAUGGAAGAACAAUUGUUGUUAUUGACACUCCUGGCGUUUUUGACACUAAGGAUUUCAGAAGAGGAACAGCUGAUAAGAUUAAGAAUGGUCUUCGAUGCCUGAAUGAUGGUGUCCAUGCCAUCCUGGUGAUGCGGCUGGGCCGAAUCACUAAAGAAGUAGAGCAAGUGGCUGAGUGGGUGACCAAGAUAUUCCAUACCGAAGGACAGAGGUACACAAUCCUCUUAUUCACCCGAGCAGAUGAGCUGGAGAAUCCAAAAGGUCUGAACGAUUUCAUACAAAGGAGCCCAUUCCUCAGAGGCUUGGCAGCGAAGUGCAGUAAUCGGUGCAUCGCUUUCAACAACAGAGCCACGGGAGAGGCCAGGGAUCAGCAGGUUGCAGAGCUCAUCAAAAUGAUUGAUGCCAUGGUAGAGAAGAAUCGCGAUGCUCCGUGUUACACACAAGACAUGCUGGAUAGAGGCAUAUGGAACUUUUUUGCAAAUCGUUGA